UCCUGUUAUUAUAAUUAUGCAUAAUCAGUAUGCAUACGACCUAGGUUGGGUCAACCUAAUAUCUAUUUCCGUACCAUCCAUCUGUGACGAUCCGGGUCAGAAUAGGUCGUCAUCAACUUGCUUUCCAUCUGGGAUAGACUUAAGUCUUCAUCAACCCAUGCUAGUACAAUUCAUCACGAUACAUCAUAGAUAUACACCUGGAUAAAAGCUUCAAAGAAGUACCCAGCAUCAGGCACAAAAAAAGAAGAGAGUUACUGCAAGAGAAGAUGCAGAAUGGUGGAUCUCAGUUGGGGUCGACAAGGAGGGCUUUGAACUAAAAUUUGUCUCUGAUUAUGUAGGCUUUGGUGUUUUUACAAAACAGUCAUUUGCGAAAGGGGACUUCCUUUUGGAAUAUCGAGGGAAUCUUAUGGAUGAAGAAAAAGCAAAGGAGUUGGAAAGAAAACAUGCUAGAGCACAGGAAGGCUGCUACAUGUUUUAUUUUACUUUCAAAGACAAGAAAAAGUGUAUAGAUGCAACAGAAGUCUAUUCUUACCUGGGACGGAUGGUCAACGAUGGUGAGUGGAAGGAGGAAAACUGUGUUAUGAAGCUCAUACCAUAUCGAGGCCUUCCACAUCUCUGCUUGUUCGCUAAUCGUGAUAUUAAAGCUGGAGAAGAGUUACUGUAUGAUUAUGGGGAUAACACUGUCAACUGGCGAAAACAGAAAAGAUCUGAAGGUGAAGAAGUUCUCUCUCAGCCUGAUACUGAUGACAAUCCAUUUGAUUUGUCUGAUGUAGAUGAUCCCACAUACCAACAAGAUGAUACUUCCAAAGAUUCAAACAUUUCCUCAACUUCCCUGUUGAUCACUGAAUCAAUAGAUUCUGAAUGCAGUUCUCUACUUCCAACUAUAACAAAGUUUUUGCAUGCCAAACCAGCAGAGUUUCGGCAACCCAAGAGUGCAGUGGAUUCCUCCCAUGAUGAUCAGAUAGUGAUCGAAGAAGGUGACGGAGCAGCUGAUAAUGGUGUUGAGAAGAAAACAGCUCAGCAUCAGGAGUUACAGGACAAGCAUCAAGUGGCAUCAGAUGAACGUCACGAAUUAUCCCAUGAUGAUGAAGUUUUUAUGGAAGACAGGGAAGAAACAGCUGAUGUUGAGAAAACAGCUCAGCAUCAGGAGUUACAGGACAAGCAUCAAGUGGCAUCAGAUGAACGUCACGAAUUAUCCCAUGAUGAUGAAGUUUUUAUGGAAGACAGGGAAGAAACAGCUGAUGUUGAGAAAACAGGAUUCAGAUGUGGUGUCUGUCAAAAGGUCAUAAAAAAGAAAGGGGGAUAUACUGUGCAUAUGCAAAUGCACUCAAAGGCGAAAGAUAAAUACAGGAAGCCAGAGCGCAGAUGCCCAUUCUGCAAAAUUGGUCAAACGCAAUUAUCCAGACACAUAUCUAAACAGCAUCAGGACAUUCCUGAAGUUUCCGAGGCUAUGAAAUUUCCCAAAAACUCAAAAGAAAGAAAUGCAAUGUUUGAGAAUUUUAGAAAGCGUGGGAUCUAUGAAUUCAACAAAAACCAGUCGGGAGAAGAUACACCAGAAUUUGAAGCUGAGAGAAAAGGACAGAAAGAUCUUGUAUGCUGCUCUUUGUGUAAGGGAUUUUAUAGUCGGCGUCUCUACCAUAGACACAAGGACCUAUGCAUGAAGGAUAGCACAUUUGUCCCCAGUUCCGUGCCAGUUGAAAUGCUGCAUUUGAAGGAGAGUACAACAAAGGAGCAAGAUGUAUUUUCUAAAGAAGUAUUACUUCAUUUUCAUCCUGAUGAGGUCGGCAAAACAUGCCAAACUGAACCAACAAUAGUUGCUAUUGGAAGAAUUCUCUUUCAAAAAAACUUAAGAAAAAUUGAAAAGACGAUGGAAACAAGAAAAUCGGUGAUGAACGAUAUGCGUCUUUUGUCAAGAUUACUCAUUGCAUUCCGAGGCAAGUCACAUCAUGGCAUGACAGGGGAAGACAUGUUUCGUCGUCGAAACUUUACAAUAUUGGAGCAAGCAGUUGAGGAGGUGACCACCACUGAAGGGAGGCUCAAGUAUGGUUUAAAAAACUCAUUGUUCUAUCUCCUGAGACAAUCAGCCAAUCUUCUCAUGCUGCGUUCAUUUGGAGAAGAAGAGGAUGCCAAAGCAAGUGAAAUAGAAAAAUUUAUUCAUUUGCUAGAUUUAAACCAGAACAUUUUAUUUGGAGAUGCAGCUUAUUCAAUCAAUAGAAGUAGACAGGAAAGACUGAGAAUGCCAGAACAGCAAGCAAGAGAAGAGGAAGUCACCACCUUGAGGGUUCAUACUCUGAAUACAAUUGAGAGAUUGAUGUCAGAGUAUGAAUUCAUUGGGCGUAACGAAUAUGUUACUCUCCGAGAUGCUGUGUGCUGCAGAAUUACUCUGUUUAACGCACGACGGGGUGGUGAGCCAUCACGACUGAAAACUACAAAUUUGGAUGACGCAGUUACCAAGAGAUGGAUCGAUGACUCCAGAGUGGAACAGUUGGAGACCUGGGAGAAAAAGCUCUUCGGUGAAAUGCUUGUUGCAUACCAGGCUGGGAAAGGGAACCAUUUAGUUCCAGUCCUGAUCCCAAGAGACUGUGUCGGUGCCUUGUCCAUACUUACUGACAAAGACAAGAGGAAGGAAGUUGGGAUUCUGGAGGAAAAUCCUUAUGUAUUUCCAAACACACAACAGUCACCAUAUCAUGUGCUAGGUUGGGAUGCGAUAAGGAGUAUGUGUGAUGCAGCUGGUGUGAAGCAUCCAGAGUUGUUGACAGCAUCAAAACAACGACACAGGAUCAGUACCAUAUAUGCUUCACUUGAAGUUCCUACUUCUGACAGAGAAUACUUCUACAAACAUAUGGGACACAGCAAGGGUGUCAAUGAAGGGGUCUACCAGUACCCUCUCCCAAUUCAAGAAGUUACCAAAGUUGGGAAACACCUACUUCAAAUUGAUCAAGGUGAUGCUCCUCUGGCGACUGAGUCUGGGAUUCAAAGCCAACCUGACAUGGUUGCAAUAGCCGAGCAACAGGAAGAAGAUGCCCAUGACGUAAAUACAGGCUCUCUGUGUCUUACCAGUCCAGGUUUAGUGGAGAAAAACCCAAGAGAUUUUGAUACCAAAAGAUUCAAGUGGACAGAGGCAAAUACAAGACUGAUUAGAGACACAUUUAAGGAGUGGAUAUGUCUACCAAGUGGCAAUUCGUUGCCAAACAGGAAAACAGUUCUUGCAUACCUUCAGAGCUCAAAGCUUGACUGUUCAUAUGCUCAGCUUAGAACCAAAAUCAUGAAUGAACAGAACAAACAACAACAAAGGAGAAAGAAGAGAUGGAACGCAUUUCAGGAAAAUUAGAUAACUGAACAUUAAAAUACAGUGUAAUGCAUAUUUAGCUCUGUCAACACAUGGUAAACUUCUUCCCUUUAAUUGUCAGACUGAGUGACCUGGACUUUAGCACCUACAUGUAUGUAACUAUCCCUCUCAACUUGUGAGGGGUAUUAAGACCAUAACUAUCUUUCGGAAUACCCUGUGUGGUUUUUUUUUAGGUUGCACCAUCAAAAAUCACAUUUUAACUGUCACUUUCAUGAUCUGAUAAGCGAUGCUCUGAUUGGUCAGAUGAAAGGUCGUUCUGACAUGACCCACAAUGAGAUGUCCUCAGAUCUUUGUUUAGCAGUAGCGAGAACUAAGAUCUGAUUUUAAUGAGAUUGUUGCUAUGCUGGAUAGCCCUUUGGAAUGUGUUUGAAAUAUUUGCCAUGCAGAGUAGCUCUUAAGAAAGACCUUGAAAUAAUUGCAAUGGGGGAUAGCCCUUUGGAAUGUGCUUAAAAAACUUGCUAUGCAAGAUAGCCCUUUGGAAUGUGCUUGAAAUACUUGUUAUGCAGAGUAGCCUAUUUGUAUGUGCUUGAAAUACUUGCUAUGCACAAUGACCGUUUGGAAUGUGCUUAAAAUACUCAUAAUGCAGAGUAGCCCGUAGGAAAGUUCUUGAAAUAUUUGCCAUGUAGAAUAGCCCAAUGUAAUGUCUUGAAAUACUUGCUGUGCAAAAUAUCCCUUUGGAAUGUGCCAAAAUACUUGCUAUGCUGGAUAGCCCUUUGGAAUGAUCUUGAAAUACUUGUAAUACAGAAUAGCCCUUUUGUAUGUGCUUGAAAUACCUGUUAUGCAAAGUAGCCCUUUGGAAUGUGCCAAAAUACUUGCUUUGCUGGAUAGCCCUUUUGAAUGAUCUUGAAAUACUUGUAAUGCAGAAUAGCCCUUUUGUAUGUGCUUGAAAUACUUGUUAUGCAGAAUAGCCCUUUGGAAUGAUCUCGAAAUAUUUGCUGUGCAGACUAGCCCUUUGGAAUGUGCUUGAAAUACUUGCUAUGUAGAAUAGCCCUUUGGAAUGUGCUUGAAAUAUUUGUUGUGCAGACUAGCCCUUUGGAAUGUGCUUGAAAUACUUGCUGUGCAGACUAGCCCUUUGGAAUGUGCUUGAAAUACUUGCAAUGCAAGAUAUCCCUUUGGAAUGUGCUUGAAAUACUUGCUACUUGCUGGUUGAAAUUUAGUACCAAGGUAAUUAUGGAAGCCCAUAUUCCUGUCUUAUUAAUUAUCCUUGUAUGUAUCAUUGUAUAUAUGUAUCAAUGUAUGUUUCAUUGUGUGUAUGUAUCAUCGACAUGGGUAAAAUGUGUGAAGCCCAUUUUUGGUGUCCCCUGCAGUGAUAUUGCUGGAAUGUUGCUUAAAGCGGCGUAAAAUCAUACUCACUCACUUACUCACUCACAUGUAUGUAUCAUGGUUUGUAUGUAUCAUUGUAUGUUUGUAUCAUUGAUCGUAAAUGAUGUUUCCCUCGUUUGAAGUAGUGAAUUAGAGGGAAACUACUUUCUCCUAGUGGUACGUUCUAUAAUCAAGGGAGGUAAUAAUGCCAGUAGAUGGCGCUGAUACUUGGGGCUAUAUAAGGGUAGGAUUUUAUGAUGUCGCCUCUCUCGCUUGCAAUCACGGCAGUUCAAUUAACAACAUGACUGAUGAAUCAACCGCGGCAAAACUAGAUGCCAUCUUGGUUCAGCUUAAUUCAAACAAGACAGAAAUUGAAUUGGCAAUCGAUUCCAAGUUAACCUCAAUACGAAAAGAGUUUCUGCAGACAUCUGAAGACGUAAGAAACAUAAAAGCCGAAAAAGAAUACAGCUGGUCACGGGAGGGAAACAAGGUCAAGAGCCAGGUCCACGACUUUCACUACACAGCCUGUGCAGUUUGCUUUACCUGCUUCUUCUGGUGUGCAGUCGAUUCCACCAAUCAACAACCAGCUUUUUCGAGGCAAAGGUCAGCGACAAGGAUCAUGUUUUCACUGCGGAGAAUUCACGCACUUCAGAAGAGACUGUCCCUAUCUCAACGCAAAUGUCCAGACUGCAAGGAUGUCAAGCAGCGUCCCGUCAGCAACCGCCACGCAGUAGAGAGGGCACAUGCCAAGGUCUAUCAGCUAAGUGUUCAUCUACACAAUGUUUCGAUGCAUGUAAUCUUAAAUUGACUGAUAAUUACUUUGAAUAUGAGCAGGGUGCUGCAGAAAUUGUCGUUAAAGUUUGUUUGAAACAGAAUGAAAACUUUUGGCAACAGAUAGGUGCAAGUGACUUUGUUUUAGAUAUAAUCAAAAAUGGAUACAAAAUUCCAUUUUUGUGUAUGUCACCCAAAAUGCACUUGCAUAAUAACAAGUGUGCCUUAAAUAACGCUGAUUUUGUGUGUGAAGCUGUAUAAGAGCUUGAAGCUGUAUAAGAGCUUGUCAAGAAACAACUAGUUGUUGAGUGUGAUAUCCUGCCGUAUGUUGUUAAUCCUCUAUCUGUCGCUAUACAGUCAUCGGGUAAGAAACGCUUGAUUUUAGACCUGAGUAUCGUCAACAGGUUUGUGCUCAAAAAGACUUUGAAAUUUGAAGAUUGGAAAACUGCUUUAGAAUAUAUCAGUGCAAAUGAUUGGCUAAUUAAGUUUGACAUCCAUUCAGCAUAUCAUCAUAUAGAUAUCUACGGAGGGCAUACUGACUUUUUGGGCUUUGCUUGGAAUGCCCCUGAUGGAAAAACACAUUUUUAUAAGUUUGUAGUACUUCCCUUUGGACUGACAACAGCUCCAUACGUUUUUACAAAAGUCACUCGCCAGCUUGUCAAGAAGUGGCGUUUUGAAGGACAUAAGAUAGUCACAUACUUGGAUGAUGGUAUAUUAUCAGCAGAGUCAGAAUUAAGAGCACUAAAUUCAGGUUCUGUCAUUAAAAAUGACUUGAUUAAGUCGGGGUUUGUACCUAAAGUUGACAAAUCUUUAUGGGCACCUUCACAGUCCUUGGAAUGGCUCGGUUUUCACAUUCAGACUACAAAUAUGACUAUAUCUGUACCUCACAGGAAGAUAGUCAAGGUGAAGUGUUCAAUUACUGACCUAUUAAAAUCCAAUUCAAAGAAUGUCAAAGUGCGAGAUGUAGCUUCUGUUGUCGGUCAGCUAGUGUCCAUGAAACUGGUCCUGGGGCCGUUAUCACAGCUUAUGACAAGGUCAUUAAGCAUAGACAUACUUUUGGUUUCUUCUUGGCAUAGUUCAUUAAAACUUUCAUGUGACAGUAUUCAUCAAUUGAAAUUUUGGCUGGGUAAUAUUGACAAACAUUCUUCAAGAGCACUUGUUGAAAAAUCUCUUACUACAAGACUUGUUUAUUCUGAUGCCAGUGAUAGUGGUUUUGGUGGGUACUGUGUUGAGAUUGAUUCUGACAAGUCCCAUGGUCAGUGGUCUGCGGAAGAAGCUCGUCAGAGUUCUACAUGGAGGGAGUUAAAGGCUGUUCACUUGACAUUACUGAGCUUUAUUCCCAACCUGAAGAGCAACCGUGUUAUGUGGUGUACAGACAAUACAAACAUUGUGUCAGUCAUUGAGAAAGGCAGCAUGAAAAUACAUUUGCAAACAUUGACUUUACAUAUAUUUGAAAUAUGUACAAAACAGUCAAUACAGUUGUACAUGCAGUGGAUUCCACGAUGUGAUAAUCAGACAGCUGACUAUCUUAGCAGAAUGAUUGAUUAUGAUGACUGGGGUAUUUCAAAGACCAUAUUUCAGCAAAUUGAACAGAAAUGGGGUCCACAUCAAACAGACAGAUUUGCGUCAUAUUAUAACACUAAACUUCAGUGUUUUAAUUCCAGGUACAGCAAUCCUGGAAGUGACGUUGUGGACUGUUUCACUGUCAACUGGAGUGGAGUUAGGAAUUGGGUGGUUCCUCCUAUAUAUUUCGGACAAACUAUAGUGAUGAGAUUGCUACACUUCCGAGAGGUGUCCGCGAAUUAGCAGCGGCUCUGCCAGGCCUCUUAGCAGGGUGUAGAGCUGAUUCUACAACAAGAAAGUAUACAUAUGGCUUUGGAGCUUGGAAAAGGUGGGCGAUCGUCAAUUCUAUGUCUGUAAAAUUGCCAUUGUCGUCAUUGUACUGUGCUUUAUACCUGUUAUCUGUAAUUCAGCAGAGUGAUUCUAUAUCUCCUGUUCAGACAGCGUUCUAUAGCAUCCGUCAUGCUCAUACUUGUAUUGGUUUAGCAAGUCCAACUGAUAAUUCACUGGUGCGUAAUGUCUUGGAGGCAGCAAGGCGAAAAUUGGCUAAGGAUGUAUGUAAGAAGGAGCCAAUUACCAUUAGCCUGCUAGAAAAGUUGUAUGAUGGUAGAAUGGCAGAUCCAUCACUGUAUGAUUUGAGAAUUAUGUCAAUGUGCUUAUUAGCCUUUGCUGGGUUUUUAAGGUCAGCAGAAUUGUUGCAGAUCACGAGAUCAGACAUUGUAUUUUAUGAUGCUCAUAUGAUGGUAUUCAUUGAGCAGUCUAAGACUGAUGUCUACAGAGAUGGGGCGUGGCUGGCUAUUGGGCGGACAAACACCAAGCUUUGUCCAGUGGUAUGUUUAGAGAGAUAUCUAAAUAGUGCGGAGAUAAGUCUCGAUUCAUCUGAAUAUAUAUUCAGAGAUUUGUCCAAAUGUAUUGCUGGUUAUAAACUUAGAAAUAUUAAUGUACCCAUGACUUAUUCGCGUUUGAGGGAAUUGUUCAUUGAAGCAUUUACGCCAUUUGUUGACAAUAUAAAGAAUUAUGGACUGCAUAGUCUUCGAAGUGGUGGUGCAUCUGCAGCAGCUAAUAAUGGCAUCCCCGAUCGCAUGUUUAAGAGACAUGGUCGUUGGAGAAGUGAAAAAGCAAAAGAUGGCUACGUGACAGAUAAUCUUCAAUUCAGGCUAAAAAGUUUCACUUUCUCUCGGACUCUAGACUUUCUUUGAAUCUCUGCCGUGUACCGCACAGCUGUUCCAGUGUAUAUUUUGUUGUGUUUAAGGUGAUUAUUAGAGUUUGGUGUGGUCUAGGAGAAAUGAUGUUUCCCUCGUUUGAAGUAGUGAAUUAGAGGGAAACUACUUUCUCCUAGUGGUACGUUCUAUAAUCAAGGGAGGUAAUAAUGCCAGUAGAUGGCGCUGAUACUUGGGGCUAUAUAAGGGUAGGAUUUUAUGAUGUCGCCUCUCUCGCUUGCAAUCACGGCAGUUCAAUUAACAUGUAAAUUUAUUGAUGUUUGCUUCUUUCAUUUUUAUUAUUCCGUUUCUAAUAUCUUUUUCAUGUUUCAGGCAUUUCGUUUUGAGAUGUGGACGUGUGGCGGUGAGGCCACAUUCUGUUAUGGUCAUCUGUCUCUGUUGACAGGCCAUGUGUGUUGAUGAUGCUGGAGAGCUGUUAAAAUACUCAUUGGUAUAAUCGUGUUUACUACCACAUGUGAAUUGUGGCUGCAGAGCCUUUAGAAUACUUUGUAUAUAUGUUUGCAUUUCAUUGGCUACACAAUGUACGGUAGGCUGCAGAGCCAUUAGAAUACUUGGUCUUGGAAAUGUUCGGUUGGCAGAACCAUUAUAAUACUGCUGUAUUGGGUGUGUGUGACCCAUGUUAGAUGAGUAAAAUAAGGCUUUUGUGUAUAAUUUGUAUUUGUAAAAGUAUGUUGGACAUGUGUAAAGGGUAAUUCAAAUACUGUAUACUCCCCAGUUACUGGUCCUGUUGCAUUCGUAGGGAGAACACGGUUCCAGAGCUUUUUGUAUUAACAAAAUUUUUAUCUCUGGUUUUACGUGUCGGGCUUCAGGUACCAUUGCCAUUUGUAUGUUUCGAUAUGUUAUAUUCUAUAUGUUAUAACACAUGUUAUAAUGGUAUAUUGAGUGACGUGAUGUCACUGUGUGUUGUGUCUUGCGUCUUGUGCUUCGAAAAUAAACUGCCGUGUACCGCACAGCUGUUCCAGUGUA